AUAGUCAGACUGAUGUUGAUCAGGCAAAUGACAAACCAUACAAUAUGCCAGGAAUUAGUGAAGGUGAAGAAGGUGAACAACCUCGUCGUAAUGUUAUUGUAGAAUGUAGCAUCUUUUGAGUUCUUAAACUGUUACGUAGUAUGAAUCAUAGAGUCUAUACCCCUCAAGUCAUUUCUAUAGGUCCAUUUCACCAUCAUCGAAAGGAUUUGUUAGCCACUGAGCCAUAUAAGCUUCGACGUUGUUCGAACUUUCUAAGCCGUCUAGGUAACGAGAGAGAUUCAUUGGAGUUGCUUAAGAAAAAUACUCAAACUUGGAUGAAAGAAGUUCGAAAUUGGUAUGCAUAGCACAUAAACAUGAAUGAUAAGGAAUUUGGUAACAUGAUGAUUGUGGAUGGUCGUUUCCUAGUAGAGUUUUUGAUACAACAUCAUAACCGACACUGCCCAAAUACAUGCUUCCAAACUCCAAACAAUUUAGAUCUUACCUUCCACCAAAGAUUUAUCGAGCUAUUUACUGAUUUGAUUAUGUUGGAAAAUCGAGUCCCUUUCUUCCUUCUUGAACGUUUGUUCUACCUUAUACUAAAUACCAUCUCCAUCUCCUUUGUAUACUUAACCUAUAUGUUUUUUAAACUCGAACUUGUUGACAAUUAUUCUCUUUCUGAUCUAUCGUCGAUAAAACCAAAGUACUUCUUUGAUUUGUUAAGCUUCUACUUCGUUGUCUCUAAGACAUCUCUAGAGAACAAUAAUAAUAAUAGCCCGAUAACUCCUCCAUCGAUAACUGAGCUUCACGAGGCUGGUGUCACCAUUAAGAAAGCAGAAAAUGCUGAAUGUGCAAUGAACCUAAGCUUCCAAAAUGGGAUUUUCACAAUCCCACAAUCCCACCUUUUAACCGUUGAUGAUUUCUUCGAACACACCAUGCAAAAUCUAAUAGCAUUUGAGCAUUUUCCCUUGGAAAAUGAAAGCAAGCGUAUCCAAUAUAUCGCAUUCAUGGAUGAUUUGAUAAGAAAGGAGAAAUAUUUUAAUUUACUUGUGAAAGCUGGAAUCAUAAUCAACAAGAUUGGAGAUAGUGAUAAAGAAGUUUCAAACUUGUUUAACAAUCUCUGCAAAUUUGUUGAACAACCAUGUGAUGGCGAGUUCAACAAUAUCAGCAAAGCUUUGCAUAAGCAUUGUGAUAGACGAUGAAACAAGGCACGAGCUUCACUUAAACAUAGCUAUUGUAAUACGCGAUGGGCUAUUGUCUCCUUCUUUGGUGCAACCUUGCUUAUUAUUCUAACUCUCU